AGAUUGCAGAACAUGGCCGCUGAAGAUAAACAACUUUACGCUCACAACCGGGCGGUGUUAAAAAAAACCCACACUUUUACACAUUAUUCGUAGAGAUCAUUGAGAUUUGUGCUUUUUAUCACAUAACGGGUGUCGUACCCGUGAUUGGCAUCGCAGCUUGUCGAAUCAGCGGGAAAUCGAAUCAGCUGGUGCGCAUGUUGUUGAACUGCAAAUUUAUGCUUAGACUAAAAUCUCAUUGAACUUAAUUAAAGUUCGACAUCGCAUCUGCAAGCAGAAGAGAGAAUUGACCAUGGAUAGCAACGGACUGAGGAAAACAAUUCGUGUGAAGAUAAUCAGCAUGGGAAAUGCUGAAGUGGGAAAGAGUUGUAUUAUAAAGAGAUACUGCGAGAAGCGGUUUGUCAACAAGUACCUGACGACAAUUGGCAUUGACUAUGGUGUUACAAAACUUGUUGUGAGGGAUCGGACAGUGAAAGUCAAUAUUUUUGACAUGGCUGGGCAUCCUAUUUUCUUUGAGGUCAGGAACGAGUUUUACAAGGACACGCAGGGGGCGCUGUUGGUGUAUGAUGUGUGCAACCGGGCAAGCUUUGAAUCUCUAGAUACCUGGCUUGCUGAGAUGAAACAAGAGAUUGGCUCACCUAACGAAAUGGAGAAAGUCUUCUUCUGCGUUUGUGCUAAUAAGAUUGACAGGAAUUCCCAGCGUCAGAUUGAUGAGAGUGAGGGGCGGUUAUGGGCAGACCAACAUGGCUUCCAUUACUUUGAAACCUCAGCAUUAUCAGGGGAAGGAAUUACAGAGGCUUUCCAAGAGUUGUUCAAUGGUCUGGUGACUGCCUAUGAGAAUGGUGGCCGCGCUGUCAGGAUAACCACCACGUUAGGUUAUACCAAGGAGCAGGUGGAGGCUAUACAGAGACUCAAGAACAGCAAGAAUGACUAUGAGAGGCUGGGUCUCAGACAGGGAGCAUCCAAAGAUGAUGUCAAUAAAGCCUAUCGUAAGAUGGCAGUCAUUCUCCAUCCGGACAAGAACAUCGCACCCGGCAGCGAAGAGGCGUUUAAGAUUCUGGUCACCGCAAGAACAGAGCUCCUGAAAAAUAGAUAAUCGAAUGUGGUGGAAUCUACUGAAUGACAUGAAUGAGUCAGCUUGCCUCCACAUAAAGUAAAAACAACUGGGCAUGUAGCGCAUUGCCAGACCAGUUCCUAGGGGGGAUGGGUUGACAAUAAUUUGUCAAUCCAUCCUGAAAGGUCGCCUAUUCACCAAAAAGGAAGGGGGAGGGGGAGGGACUUGAUACUUUGUACUCUUUGGGGUUGCUGUUCAAAGCAUACGACCUUUGACAUUAUCAGACAAUAAGUGGCACUAUUUGUCUGGACAUAUUUGCCGACAGACAUGAUUUUUUCCAACAAAAAUGAUGGAUGAGGUGGGUGGGGUCACCCCCCCCCCAUAUCCCCCUUCUAGCAACGCCCGUAGAAGCAAUUUUGAUUUCAAGAAGUGUUGAGAGUUAUGGCUGUAUCUGUUGUCAGUAUGUUCCCACCAAGUUGUAAUUUUGGAGUAUAGCUCGAGACAAGAGACUCGCAGGCCACCUAAUACUGAUGUUUCAGAAUUUUGCUGUGUAAAUAUACAGUUGUCUCGCAGAUAUAAGCAUUUUAUAACUGAAAAGCUGUCUUUACUCUAGUUUUGUUGACAAGCUCAUCACAAGUUCUUCCAUUUAAUCACAAGUCCUUUCAUUAGUCAAGUCACAAGUAACGGGGUGAGCAAUAAGAAGGGAACGCCUUCGUUACAAUUCAGUUGAAUACCUUCCGACUUGAAUCGCGAAUGGAGGAGUUGUGGUUGGCUUGUGAGAAGAUGUUGGACUUGUGAUGGACUAGGCUACCACACAGCUUUAAUUCGUUCAUUAUGAAUUCCUUGCACAAGGACCUCCUUCCCAGUUACAUAAAACAGAGAGAGAGCUUGGACUCGUGGGCACGUGGUCUAGCGGCGGAGCACAGGAUUCAUGAUCGAGAGGUUGUGGGUUCGAGCCCCACCGUGGCCAUGCGUGUUGUGCCCUUGAGUUAGGCAUUUUACCUCAAUUGCUCCUCUCAACCCAGGUGUUAAAUGGGUACCGGCAUUAUUCAAUGCUGGGAAGGUAACAGACUCGCUGUGGAGGAGGUGUGGCGAUCCCCCCACAGCAGCAUAUGAGUCUGGCCCAAUCGCUAAUGAAAGAGAGGUGGGCACUCCGUUCCUGUGAACACAGGUUCAUCGUCUCCUUUACCUUUACCUAGCUUCGACUUUUAGGCAUGGCAAGCGGCCAUAUUCCUAACACUUUAUAUGCGAAGACGCUAUGUAUUUGCGAACAUUUAGGUGAAAACUUGUGUGUACUAUGUACAUCAUGCUUUGCGUUAUUGACUCGGUAUUCGCAAGCGUUGUGUCCUGCACAACUACUUGUUCAAUGGACCAUGAAAUGAAUUUUACACUUCUUCUGAAAUGUAUGAAAACUAUGACACAUCCCUUUUUGAUUAAAACGUUUGUAAAGUGCACUUUUUGUAACAUUUAAAUGUUUCAUGUUUUUUUUUAUUCAAACAACAGAAGUUGCUGUUUCUGCGAUGUCAUAAUGGUACACACUCUUCAAUUGAGGGGUUCUUGUUCAAAUUAUGAACCCACAAAUUUGCUCAUUGAAAACGUUUGUACAUUUGAACUACUGUCAUGUACUGAAACCACAAUAAACAAUCACUAAAUGCAUACAAUUUACCACAACAUCAAAUCCAAAAUUCUGGUAUAUUUGUUUUGGUACUGGGGUAGCUGUCAUACUAAAGCUUUUGCCUUGAAUGACAUCACAGUUUGGUCAUGAAUAUGGAAAUUUAAAUUAGCGCAUACACCAAAAGAAGGACCAAUAUGCCCUUGAAAAUUGCAAAAUAUUUUUAAAAAUUAAAGUAAAUGGGAUUUUUCAAGGAUAUGAUAUACAUGUAAUGUUUUUUUAUUUUUUUUUUGUGGGCCUCUAAACGCUGUCGGCCUUUUAUGCAUGGUGUCCAUGGCCAGACUUACAGAGUGUUUCAAAUAUCCAAAAAUGUCUUCUCUCUCUUGAACGUUAUUCUUUAUUUCUUGAGUGGUCCUUAGCCGUGUGGUUGGAAAUUGCGAAACAAAAAUGUUCCCGUUCCAUCUUUCAAUGAUGUCCGUCCAGAAACUAGCUGUGCACCUAAUAAUUUUGUAUUCAAAUAAUUCAGCAAGUUGUAAUAAUUUCUGUAUUCACCAAAGAAUAUUUACAUAUUAUUUAUGCCGAACUAAUCCGUCCAAUUAGUGAAGAGGACAUAACAUUUAGAUGCAGGUGGAUGUGAACUUAUUGCAGUAGAAGUCUUUGGAAAAGAAUUACUGGUGUAUGCUGAAAAUAUAUUUGGAGCACCACAAUUGCUCAAAAUCUAUCUUUAUAAUAGGGCACAUAAAAAGUAGGCUGUUAAGAGUUUUAUCUCAGUGGCUACUAUACACUUUGAGAAAACAGAAAACAUUCAUACAAUUUGUUGGGGUCUUGUAACUAGGUCUUGUUGCUAAUGCACGUAAAAGAAAAGUUAAAAAAGUGUGCCCCUAUUUCGAAACCACCAUCCAUUAUUGUUUACUUCCAAACGAUACCGCUCAGGCGGAAACAUUUUACAGGGUAUUUGGUGCCAGUCCUAUCUUCAUUGGUAGGUCUUUCAUGGGUUAUUGCAGAUAAUCCUGUGUGGCUUUGAAGUGAUACCAAAAUAUGAAAAAUGAUACUAGGUUUUUAAAUGCACGUAGGAGCAUUUGCAAUUACCCGGAAGUGUACCUACCGAUUUAACGAGAAUAUCCUUGCUCAAAGUGAAGAUAAGACUGGUACCAAAUACCCUGUGAAAUUACUCCGCCUGAAUUGGUAUCAUUCGGUAGGAAGAACAAUCAUUGAAGGCGAUUGAAGAAAGUGUGCCAUUGGGCACAGUAUUCUUUACUUGCUUUAGCAACAAAAUUUAGAUACGAGAACCAAACAAUAUGUUUUCUCCGUCUAAAACUUAAACUUCUUACAAUUUUCAGCAGUAUUGUUUUCUUCACACACAAAAAACAUGCACAAAAGCCAAAUGAUCCUGUGUACCUGUAACGCCAAACCCGCGCCUUCAGUACCAUUUAGUGAGACUUGUUAAGUUUGUCCUGCUACCUCAAAACCGGAUAGACAUUGCCUGAGUUUUCGGCCUUUAAUCAAUUAAAUUAAAUCACACACAGACAUUACAUUAUUCCAAACAUUGAAAACAAUCACAUACUUCACCUGGAUUGGUAGUGUAAUAGUGGGCUCAUGUAAAUGAUGAUAAUUAGGCAAUAUCUGUACAACAUGCAUUGGUUUACACAUAGAAACAUGUUCUAUUUACUUAAAAAUGUUUGCAAGCAUUAUAUAUAUUUUUGGCGGUGGGGAAUUUUGAAGUUCAGAUGAGUCCACAUUCAGAAAUAUUAAUUAUCUCGGUCUUCUGUUUACCAUUUUUUAAUAGAAUAUUUAAAAAUAAUGAUAUUUAUUUUAUAUGUUAGGGAUUUGUACAUAUUUACAUUUAAAUAUAGUAUGUAAAAAAUCGUUCUGUCAUUAAAUCAGAAUGUUGCGCAGUUCUGUA